AUGGCAUCCGCCUUGCGUCGCGAGUAUAAGCGAGUUUACCAGGCAUGCGAGCCUUGCCGUGAGAAAAAGGUUCGCUGCGAGUCAGACCCCGUGGAUAAGCUGUCGUGUGCACGCUGUCAACGAGAGUCGAGAAAAUGCUAUUUUGCAGCUACGAGGGUCAGAAACCCAGCAAAGUCCCGCGAAACUAAUCGAGUAUGUCGACAAGUUUCCUCGGCUGUAGCAUCAAGCUCACAGAGUGUCUUUCCUUCAAUUUCGUCAUCGAACCCUCGUAUCAGUAAUACCGAGCCAGCAGACCGAGAACAAAGCCAACAGCAAAACUACUCGUUACCAGACAAUGGUCGUGCGGCCACGGUCUUACUCCAGGGCCAUCCUCGUACAUAUCAUGACGCCCUGACAGUGUUAUCCGUAGCCUGUGCGAAUGACGAGCAACGUAGGUUGGACUCUUCACUGUUGACCGACGUUAAUUAUUCCCAACCCUUGCAGAGAAAUACCAACAUUACAUCAACGAAUCCUAUUUCAAAUUCGACCAGUCCAGGAACCCGAGAAGCUCUACGGGCAUGGUCUGGCUUGCGCUUUGUCUGCGGCGGGCUCUUCACUCCAGAGGAAGCGCUGGACAUGGUUGACCACUUUUACAAAUACCAUGCCCCAUUGACAGCCGUCGUUCCAGACUGUUUUCGAAACCAUGCAGAGCACCCAACACUGAUCGAGGAGGAGCCGAUUCUGACAAUCACCCUACUGAUGAUUGGCUCUCGGUAUCGGCGAUGGACGGGUCCAGGUGCUCUGUCGCGUUCGUUUCUCGUUCAUGACCGGCUUUGGAGGUAUCUCCAAGGAAUGAUAACACGCUUGUUCUGGUCUGAAGACAUCCUUGUAGGGGAGCUUACUUCGGUAAUGGAUCCUGUCGAUGACUCACGAGGUUCAUCGCUUCCAUGCCCGAAUCCCAGGUCGAAUGGGUUUCGUACUAUCGGAACUUGUGAGGCCCUUCUGCUAUUACUGGACUGGCAUCCCCAAGGACUUCAUUUUCCAUCGCCAUAUGAAGAUACCGCCUCAUCCAUUGUUUGGGAGCCUAAGAGCCGCUGUCGGGUUGCCGAAAGCCACUGGCAGCGCGGACCAGGUUCUGGACAUAACUGGCUAGCACGGUCGGAUCGACUUUGUCGUUCCAUGCUGUCCACUGUUUCGAUGCUGGCUACCGAAAUGGGUGUCUUUGAUGAAGAGGAUGGCACUCGGCCGGGAGCGCAAGGAGUACGUAUUGAUCAGCAGAGAUUCUACCGAGUACGAUAUCUGAUUUGGGUUUACGCCACCCAACAACCCGGAAGACCAGGAUGGAGGAUUCUGACCCCUGCCCCCUCUCGCCUAUGUCCCCCAGUCAAUGAUGACACGAUAAGGUGUUGGGUAGGAGUGGCCACCAUCAUGAGACAUGCCAAUGAGCUGCUCUUCCCUUCACAAAAGCACACGAAUGAGAUUAUUCGGAACGGCGAGUAUGUAAAAUGUCUCCAGACACUGCAACCUCUUCUUCAGAAUUCUCUUUCUGAGUUUGAUUCAUCUAAAUUGACGAGGCAGAUGAGAUCAAUUUUAUCUUUCGAGUACGCCCAUGUCCAGCUAUGUAUUUUCAGUGUGGCGCUUCAGGCUGUGAUAGAUCGACGCUACCACUAUAAUGAAGCAGCUGGCGAGCCAUACCCGACCCCUCCACGCGUCUCUAAACAGGAGGAAGGACAUCUCAUUGCGACCGUAAAGGGUGCUCAGAUAAUUCUACGCACAGUAAUAGAUGAUUUUGUGUCGGAUGGGACUUUGAGAUACCUUCCCGUCCGCUCCUUCUCCCGAGUACUCGGUGCAGCAUUGUUUCUCCUCAAGUGCUGUGCGGCGCGGAUAAGGGAGGUAGACAGAUCAGUCGCGCUUUCACUUAUAAAGCACCUUGUUAGUGGUCUACGGUCCGUUUAUGUUGACGACACCCACCUAUGCCCUCGUUGGGGGGAUCUUCUUGAAAGGCUCUCGCGACGGAUAGAGCCCCAUACAAUUCAAACAGACACUGCUACAACGAAGAAUUACAUGCAUGGCGCAACGCUGAUGCCUUCAGACAACACCAUGUCCAUAGAUCCUUCCAGCAAUACUCAUGUUUCUGGUUCUACCGUCCUAGAUUUGCCCCAGAAUAUGCCCACUGAAGUUGAAGAAACACGAGUCCGACAGCCCCAGGAAUUCGAAAAUAGUGAUAACCCGCAAGUUUUCAGCCCCUGGACUAGUAAUGUUGAUACAGAAGGAUACAGUUUCGAGGCAUUUUCUAUGUGGUGGGAUUGCUGGCUUCCUCAGUCGAUGGCUGUCAAUUAUAUGUCCUCCCAUCAGUCCAUGUGGGAGGCAGACGGUAAUGAUCCCAUGUUUCGUGAUGGUGUAUAUGGAGAAGCAGGGCUCGGGGCACCACUGGGGUCUUCAGGGUAUUCGUAUUAGCCAUAGGAUAUGUCCAUAAUAUGAAAUAUGGUAAAGUUGGGAAACCGUGUUUGUAGGAAUCCU